AUGCACUGGUGGGUCGGCGGCGGGUACCUGGCCUUUACGAUCGGCUGCAGUGUCGCGUACUUGGUGCUUGUCGCUGAGAGUUUGACCAACGACCUCUUCUGGCCCGACUUUGUGCCGGUCGGCGGCCAGCUCUUGCUCGUCGACUUGUUUCACCGCCUGCGCCGCGCCUCGACCUUCGACUUGUACGCGGUGCCCAUGCUCAAGACGUACAACGCGCCGUGUGCUGUGAGUGAGAUGCUCUCGACGACGCCGCGUGCGAUUGCACUUGCCCAGCUGACGUCGAUCGAAGAUGCGAUUCUGGGCUUUCGGGCACUCGACGCCGCCUACAGCUUGAAUCUCAUGUCGCAGUACUGCUUUGUCGACCUUCCUCGGCGCUGGGAGCUUGCGCACACGUCCGCGCGCCAAGCCCGGUGCCAUCGCGCGGCGUUGGCGGGCAAUGGCGCCGUGUACCUCGAGACCCUAUUGCGCAAUGUCGAGUGGGCCCAAUGGAUCGCUGUGUACGCGACAAGCUUCCAACUGGCGGUUGCUGACGAGCUCGAACGCUCCAACGACGGUGUCGCGUGGCUGCAAAAUGUGCAGAACGCGUUCGAGUCGGUCGCGACGGAAGCCCACUACUGGCGCUCGCAAGGCAUCCAGCGCUACCAGCUGCAGUGGAGCAACGACGUGCAGUUUGGCUUGCACGAAACCAUCUCGCUCGUCAACGCCCUUGGGACCGUGCAGGUGCUCACGACGUACAACUUGCCAUUUUCCCAUCGAGGUUCGUUGUGGACCUCGUUCUACCAGCAGUGGGGCUUCUUUGACGAUCUCUGGGCCGCCUCGGUGGUCAACGGCAGCUUGGUACGAAGCGCGGCGAACUUCAUGGGCGACAACGAGACGAGCAUGGAGGCGCUCGCGGCGCUCUAUCCGUUCACACGCGCCAGUAUUUGCAUCCGCGCGGCUCUCGGGCCCUUUGUCUCGACCGACAUGUACCUUCUUCCGCCGCCAGCCUCACUACUGAGCGCUGUCAGUAUACUGGAAGCAAGCGUAUCGACCCUCAUCGAUGCCGUGGCGUUUGCACAGCUCGUACCUGAAGUGCUCGACCCGAUCCCAAUGACGUGGCAGGACCACAGCGAUGCAAUCUACUUUGGCGGGAAUCCAUUCUGCGCCCUCAUGCCCGGUGCCACCUUUGUUCAACCGUCAUUUGCAUUUGACGCGACGUGCACGACGAUGACACCGGCGUCCGUGCUGGUGACACCGAUGGCCGCGGCGUUUGCGACGGCGGUGGCAGGCACAUCGCGCGUGGCCUGCAAUGCCUGUCGCACGCUAGCACCUGCAUGCCGGGAGCUUGUAUCGCAGCUGGCGCAUCUCUUGGACGAUGCCAAUGUGUCAUCGCCCGAUGGCAUGUCGCUCGUCCAGAGUGAGAUUGCGAAUCUCGGCGUCGAGUUGAUCCAGUUUGCUCUUGUCAACCAUAGCGACAAUACCGUCUAUCGGCAACCGCUGCUCGGAGAGGACUAUGCCUUCUUUGGCUACAUCAUGCUCUACGAGUGGGCGAUCGGGCACCGCGAAGUCGUCUCGUUUCAUGGUGACGUCACGACGUUUGUGCUCAUGUCGGAGCCGCUGACGCCCUUGCCGCUGGCCUUGAGCGCCAACGAGAUUCCCCACAGCACGAGCCGCUACUUUUGGCUGCUUGCAGUCAUCACCACCAUUGGUUUAGCGGGUCUCGCACUGGUACUGCUCUUGCUGGGCGCGCGGCACUGGCGAAACAAGGCGAUUCUGCGCUUCAAUCGCAUUGCUGCGCCGGUGUGGAUUGGGCGGCCGCUCCUCCUCGUCCGUAGCAUCACGGGUAUCAUGGUGCUGAGCACGGCGCCCAUCGCUUUUGACGCCUCGGUCGGCCGCGGUACAUUUUAUGCCGCGCCCCGUUCUCUCCCGGCGACACUACUGAUUGCGGGCGAAGCCGUGUGGCUGACGUACGUCAUCACGGACCUUCUCGUCAUCGUGACGGAGCCCUACACAAAGUAUUACGCGCCGCUCGGUAGUGUCCUCAGCUGGAUCGCAGUCGCUGCCCUCGAGAUGACACAAGCCGUGACGCCCGAGGUGUCGGUCGCGCAGACCUGCACCCGGACAAACGUCAAUGUGCUACUCACAUGCUCGAUCGGUACGGUUCGCAUUGGGUCGGUCACGCGUGUGCUUUGCAUUUGUCUUUGCCAAGUCGCGUCGCUGCUUGUCGCGUAUGGGCUUGUACGUCUAACUUUUCGACGCCGCCCGCCUCGGCCACCCCCGAUAACGUCGUACAUUAUCCCUGCGAGUCUUGUGGCCUUCACCGACGCGCCCGUCGAUGCAUGGGCCAUGCACCGCGUGGUCGCAUUGCUCAGUGGGUCGCUGCGACUCCGGCCGCACUGGUUCUUUGACGUCAAGCUAUGGCGCGUCUUUGAAAAGGAGAUAGGUCCGCGCGAAGUGGUGCUCCAAGAUUUGCUAAUUGAGAUCCCAAGCAGUCGCCUGCACCGGUACAAGCGGCGUGUGACGCUCGGUUUUGGGCUCACGUACCUCGUGGCGACGGUGGGCAGCAGUCUCUCGUACCUACAACUCUCGACCGUGAGCUUGGCCAACGACUUUUACUGGGCGACCUUCAACACCACUGGCGCGCACACGUAUGUGGCCAACUGGUUCAAUCGGUACCUCUACCUGAACCCGACGCUGCUCAACGCAUCGCUUGCCAAUGACGCGUAUGGCGACACGAUCAACUAUGGUGACGCAUCUGCCGUCAUUGCCUACUCGACGCUCUACGCCAAGAAGGUGCAUUUCGAAGUCACAAGUGAUUUGGCACUGGCGAUUCAUGGACUUCGGCAAACCGACCCAUGUCUGAUGCCUUGGAUCGCCACGCAGUACUGUUGGCUCGACCUGGAUCGUCGCUGGGCCAUGGCCAACUCCAUCAAGCGACAAGCGCGCUGCGAGAAGUCCUAUACAGCAAACGCCGCCGUCUACCUCGAGGCGCCACUGAGAAAUGCCAACUGGCAAGACUUUGAGGUUUGCUGGGGCACGUCGUUCGACAUUGGAUUUGGCGAGCACCUCAAACGCGAUGUAUCGGGACGUAACUGGCUAGAGACGCUAGAGUCUAAUGGCCGCUCGGAGCUGGACGAAGGUGCCUACUGGCAGUCGAAAGGCCUCUUGACGUACACAGUGCAGUGGCAAAACUACAAAACGAUCGGGCUCGUUGACACCUUCGCGAUCGAAAAUGCCUUUGGACUGACGUACGCGCUCACGCUCAAGGCGACAACAGGCCUCUUUCAUAUCAAGAUGCAAACCUCGAUGAAGAUGUACUGGAGCUUUGCAAGUGAUCUCUGGGCGGUGGCCACCAACGGCUCGGGUAUCCACGGUCGAUCGCUGCUCCGAUCGAGCUCUAACUUUGCGUUUGCCAACACGACGCCGAAGGUCAUCUACGUCAUCAACAACACACUCUCAUCCCCACGCGAUGCGGCGCUUCAAGCAUUCGAGAUAUUUCUGGGGCCGUUUGGGUCCGUGGAUCUGCGCUACGUCUCGCCACCAGUCUCCCUUUUGCAGCUACAACAACCAAUUCUCGAAGCCCUCAGUGUAGUAUUGGUUGCUGGGACGGACCGCGACGCGGCGCAGGCAGCGUACAACCACAUGAGCAUCCUCGGUGUGCUCGUGCCACGACCACUCGCCUUGGACCCUUCUCAGGUCGCAUGCCUCGGUGGCAGUCUUCUCUGCGGUGCGGUGCCCCGGGCCAUGAACUUUUCAUAUGGCAUGGGCAGCUUCUUUACGGCUGACGCUGCGUGCACGACCGGCUACAACGAGUGGAAUUACGUCUUCAAGCCGCAGGUUCUUUUCGCUGCGAUCGCGUCGGGCCUUGCGCUGCACAUGCCGUCGGCCGCCACCACGGCCUGUCUCUCGGAAGCGGUGGAUCCGGUCGGGUGCCACACCUCGCUUCGAAGCAUCAGCGAGUUUGUGAGUACAUACUUUACCAGUGCGGCACUGCGCUCGUGGGAAGCGCACGCCGUCCCCGUGACACGUGACAUCGCCGCGCUGGAGGUCGCGAUCGCCCAGAUCACCGAGGACGGUCGCGGCGCCAAGCUCUUUCAUCAACGCCUCUUUGCGCCAGAGGACCCGACGAUGCAUUUCACCAUGUGGACGUUUGCAUACGACUGGGCGAUUGGUGUUCGUGAAGUCGUCGUAUUUGAUGGUGACACUGCGUCCGUCACUGUCCUCUCGGCGACCACGCCCAUGUCCACGGCCGCGGCCAGCCCAUACGAGCUACCUUCCAACGUUGCCGUGUACUUCCGAGCGCUGUGCCAGUACAUAUCGCUCGUGCUCCUCCUACUGGCGCUCCUCGCGGUCGUCUACACGGUCCUCAACGGCUUUACAAGCGACGGGCGCAACCUCUGGAAGGUCAACCGCGUCGGCGGCAUGGUCUGGGUCGGUCGGCCGCUCCUCUUUCUGCGAAGUGUUACCGCGCUCUGCAUUUUGAGCAGCGCCGACCUCUCGCUGCAGCGCGUUGGCGACGUCACUCGGUUCGUGACACCCAAAGUCACGCCCCUCACGAUCGUCACCAAGGUGCUCGUGGCCGGCGAAGGCUGCUGGCUUGCGUACAUUGCUUGUGACAUGUGCAUGGUAUUUACAAAAGAGUACACAACGUCGUACGCAGGCAAGGCGGCUGUCGCCGUGUGGGCCCUCGCCGCGCUUCUAAGUACCCUGAGUCCCGUCAUGCACCGCGCCUCCAUUGAACGUCGCUGUCGCGUGGUCGCGACCGACUUGCAGCUCACGUGUGCCAGCGGCGUCGUGACCAUUGGCAGCCAGUCGCGGCUGCUAAGCUUGGCGCUAAUUGCGCUGCUUGCGCCGUUUCUUCUCUACCUCCAUGAUCGCGUCCGGUAUUCGAUGUCGCCGCCCACCUCUCGGCCGUCGUACAUGCUGUCUUGCGGCGCCGAGUAUCUCUUUGCAACUGACGGGUGGGUUGCUGGCGGCGUGCGCUACGUGGACUUUGCGUCGGCGGCGCUCACGGGGCUACUCGUAUUCCCGUACAGGCGCCAUAUCUACGUGUUUGACAUCAAAACGUGGCGCCUUCUCGUGCUGAAUAACGACGCGCCCAUUGACGAGAGAGUCGCGGGCCAAGUCCACCUCGUGCGCGCACUUGCUUGCGUCGAGUAGGAUGAUCGCGAUACAAGUCCAGUUGAACAGGAACGGAAGAUUCACUUGACGCGCCAUUCGGACCUUAUGGGGUGCCUGCUGCCGUAGCCUCCGCUGCUGAGCUCAUCGUACCCGACGUCAUCCAACCCAAGUAUUGGCUACAAAGUGAUGCUUUGCACGGUCAAAAUUUAAGCCGACUUGCAGUGGCUCGACAGGGUGGACUGCGUAUAUAUUUUUGCUUUUGAGCACGAGCCGUACCGCUACUUGCGUGUCGACAGCAUUCGACGUCUUGAGCCGUCGACGACGCCUCUCGAUACGAGACCUAGAUG